AUGGCUUCAGUCCAACCCGCGCCUGCCAUGCAGGCCAACAUGCCUCCUGGGUUACCACAUAACCUUUCCCAGGCCCAAGUCCAGGAAGUAUAUCAGAAAUUUCAACGCAUGAAAGCCCAAAAUGUUCCCGAGACCGACCCCGAGUACCUCAAAGCUCAUCGAUUCCUCACUAUGGUGCAGCAACAACAGAACUUUCGUCGCAAACAACAGAUGCAGGCACAGCAAAUGCAACAGGCCCAGCAACAUCAACAACAACAGCAGCAGGUUCAACAACAUCAACAACAACAGCCUCAACAACCGCAACCGCAGCAGGUCAAGCAACAACCUGUGCCCCAACCGUUGCAGCAAGUCAACGGAUCGGCCGCCAGUCCAUCUACGAAUGGAGCUAUCAAGACUGAUACCGAGUCUUCUAAUCCCGUCGCAAAUGGGGUCGGUGCGGUAACAGGAAAUGGUGCACCUCCAACCACAAAUGGCCAGUCGCAACCCUCACAAGCGCAGCGCGUUGUUGCGCAAGCCAAUGGUAGCUUUACCCCAGAACAGCUCAAUCUGCUAAGAACUCAGAUUUACGCGUUUAAGAUGCUGUCGAAGAAUCUAGCUCUACCGCCAAAGUUACAACAGCAGCUGUUUCCUUCUGGAAAACCACCACCAACCACGGGUGCUGAUGCAGUUACGGCUGUGAGUAAAGCACUGGAUGGGAUCGCAGAUUCCAAAGCAGUUGUUGAUGGUGAGCCAUUUCAGCAUAAGACGUUCUUUUCAUCAUACGAAUCGCCCUACGAUCUAUUAGCCAAGGUGAUCACGUUUUCAGAUCAUUCGCAACGAGCAAAAAGACAACAUAUCCCGAGUCUUUUGCCUCUGGGGCUUGAUCCUGAGCAGGUCCGUGAAGAACAGGAGCGACUGUUGUACAAUCGUGUACAGGCUCGAAAAGCCGAACUGGCGGCACUCCCUGCAAACAUUACUUCUUGGGAUACCAACAAAUCUACCGAUCCUUCCCCUGACGAUACUUUGAAGCUCAAAGCAUUGAUAGAAUUCAAGAAGCUCAAUUUACUUCAGCGUCAACGUGAAUUGCGCCGUGAGAUUCAGCAAGAAUUAUAUGUCUACGACAAUCUCGCGAUGACAGCAAACAGAAGCUUACACCGCAGAAUGAAGAAACAAUCACUUCGAGAGGCUCGCAUUACCGAAAAGCUCGAAAAGCAACAGAGAGAUGCUCGGGAGAACAAAGAGAAGACAAGACAGACAAAUUACCUGACAUCUAUCGUUGCUCAUGGACAAGAUCUUCGCAAUAAUGCAACCUCUCAACAUAGCCGUACGCUGAAACUAGGCCGGAUGAUGGUCACUCACCAUCAACAUAUGGAACGUGAAGAGCAGAAGCGUAUUGAACGAACCGCCAAGCAACGAUUGCAGGCAUUGAAGGCCGACGAUGAAGAGACUUACUUGAAGCUUCUUGGGCAAGCCAAGGACUCACGUAUCACACAUCUUCUCAAGCAGACCGAUGGCUUCUUGACACAACUGGCAGCCUCAGUCAAACAGCAGCAGCGGAGUAACAAAGAGAAAUGGGGCGAAGAUGAAUAUUCGGAUGAAGACAUCUUGGAGGAGGGCGGCUCCGAAGACGAGGAGGGUCAAGGUCCUAAAGUUGAUUACUACGCCGUUGCUCACCGUAUCAAGGAAGAGAUUACGGUGCAGCCAAGCAUUCUCGUGGGCGGAACACUGAAAGAGUACCAAUUGAAGGGCUUGCAGUGGAUGAUCUCGCUCUUCAAUAACAAUCUCAAUGGUAUUCUUGCAGAUGAAAUGGGUCUGGGCAAAACAAUCCAGUCGAUCAGUCUGAUUACCUACCUCAUUGAGCGAAAACGCCAGCCUGGGCCUUUCCUGGUCAUCGUACCUCUCAGCACAUUGACCAAUUGGAAUCUGGAAUUUGAGAAAUGGGCACCAUCCAUCAACCGAAUUGUCUACAAAGGACCACCCAACACGAGAAAACAACAGCAAAUGAGAAUUCGACAAGGCAAUUUCCAGGUUCUACUUACAACCUACGAAUACAUUAUCAAGGACCGACCAAUUCUUAGUAAGAUCAAGUGGGUGCACAUGAUUGUCGAUGAAGGCCAUCGUAUGAAGAAUGCCGAGUCGAAACUUAGCUACACCAUUACCCAGUACUAUACUACCCGCUACCGCCUCAUUCUUACCGGAACUCCACUACAGAACAAUCUUCCUGAGUUGUGGGCUCUGCUCAAUUUCGUACUGCCAACGAUCUUCAAGUCGGUCAAGUCAUUUGACGAAUGGUUCAAUACUCCCUUCGCGAACACGGGCAGUCAAGACCGGAUUGAUCUCUCGGAAGAAGAGUCACUUUUGAUUAUCCGUCGCCUGCAUAAGGUGUUGAGACCUUUCCUCCUUCGUCGUCUGAAGAAAGACGUCGAGAAAGAUCUACCUGACAAACAGGAAAGAGUAAUCAAAUGCCGUUUCUCAGCUCUUCAAGCCAAACUCAACCACCAAUUGAUGACACAAAAUCGAUUGGUGGUUGCCGAUGGCAAGGGAGGUAAGACCAGCAUGCGUGGUCUCUCCAAUAUGCUAAUGCAGCUGCGAAAACUUUGCAAUCAUCCUUAUGUUUUUGAGCCUGUGGAAGACCAGAUGAAUCCAGGCAAAGGAACAAACGACUCGAUUUGGCGUACUUCCGGAAAGUUUGAGCUCCUCGACAGAGUCCUGCCAAAAUUCCAAGCCACUGGCCAUCGAGUAUUGAUGUUCUUUCAAAUGACACAGAUCAUGAACAUCAUGGAAGACUUCUUACGAUUGCGCGGCAUCACAUAUCUCCGUCUUGAUGGUGCAACCAAGGCUGAGGACCGUGCUGAACUGUUGCGAUUGUACAAUGAGCCCAACUCACCAUAUUUCUGCUUUUUGCUCUCCACUCGUGCUGGUGGUCUAGGUUUGAACUUGCAAACAGCAGAUACCGUCAUCAUCUACGAUUCGGAUUGGAAUCCUCAUCAAGAUUUGCAAGCACAAGAUCGUGCCCAUCGUAUCGGUCAGAAGAAUGAAGUCCGAAUUCUCCGUCUUAUUACAUCCAACUCUGUAGAGGAAAAGAUUCUGGAAAGAGCACAGUUCAAAUUGGACAUGGACGGCAAGGUCAUCCAGGCUGGUAAAUUCGACAACAAGUCGACGGCUGAAGAAAGAGAAGCAUUCUUGAAGACGCUCCUUGAGACUGCAGAAGCUGCUGAACAACCGGGUCAUGAUACCGAAGAAAUGGACGAUGAUGACCUCAACGAGAUGAUGGCUCGUUCAGAAGAGGAGCUUAUUCUUUUCAAGAAGAUGGACAAAGAGCGAAAUGAGAAUGGAGAGUACGGGCCUGGCCGACCACUUCCACGUUUGAUGGGUGAAAGCGAACUGCCAGAACUUUACAUGGCGGAAGACAAUCCUGCGCAGGAAGUGGAAGAAGAGUAUGCGGGUCGUGGGGCACGUGUGAAGACACAGGUCAAGUAUGAUGAUGGUCUUACUGAAGAACAAUGGCUUGCCGCCGUGGAUGAUUCGGACGAUUCCAUUGGAGAGGCGGCCAAGCGAAAACAGGCACGGAUCGACAAGCGACGAACCAACAAGGCCAAGCGUGAGCGAGAUGCAAACGGUGGUGAAUCUUCACCGGAACCAGAAAAGGAAAGCUCAGAGGAACCGGAGCCUGAACCACAACCCAAAAAGAAGGGUGGACGAAAAUCGGCAGGGCUGAAACGCAAAGGUGAAGAACUCGAGGAAGAAACACCAGCGAAACGCAAGCGCGGCCGUCAGCCCAACAAGGUGCCAGAUAAUUUAAGCCCUGGAGAUCGAACCAUACUACAGAAAGCAUUGAAGACAGUAUUUGAGUCGAUCAAAGCACUUGAAGUUCCCGACUCUGAUCCUGAAGAGCAAUCAGAGGAUGAAAGUGAUGAUGAGCCUCCAACACGGCUGAUCAUCGGACCAUUCCUUGAGCUUCCACCGAAAAAGCUAUAUCCGGAAUAUUACCACAUCAUUGUGGAUCCGAUUGCGAUGGAUAUGAUCGAAAAACGAAUCAACACCCAUGCAUACACGAGGUUCCAAGAUCUGCAACGGGACAUUGGGCUGUUGGCAAAGAAUGCCAAAACCUUCAAUGAAGACGGCAGCAUGUUAUACAAUGAUGCCAAUACAAUCGAGAAUCACUGCAAUGAGAUGGUUAGUAAGACUCUUAGCGAUCACCCGAAUCUGGGGCGCAUAGGAGAACGAAUGGGGUUCGAUGGCGAGUCAACAGCAGCAGCGUCAAGUGUUGGAACACCACGGGGAUCUGUCGCUCCAGUGGGAGGAACAAAAUUGAGAUUGACAUUGGGAGGCAGCAAUGGAAUAGCAACCAAUGGAACCACCAGUGGGGCAGCCAGUGGGACGGAAUGA